GCUUGCCCGGCACUAGCCCACAUGGCCCAGAGCGUGGUUUAUGCUGACCUGAGGUUUGCCAAGGUGAUGGGGGGCCGGAGCAUGGCCAGCCAGGCGCUGGAGGCAGCCCUGGGCAUGGAUGAGGCGGAGAGCCCCUAUGAGAAUACAGAGCCAUCACCAGCGGCGCAGGAUGGGGACGGGGCUCAGCCCAGCCCAGACUGGCAGGUCACCCGCAGCCUGCAGAACACCUCCCGUGAGCAUGAGGCCGAGCAGGGCCGCCUCUCACAGGAGGUGAGCACACGGCAGGAGAGCCUGGAGCAGACACGGAUGGAGCUGGCGUUGGCCAGAGCGGAGCUGCAGCGAGCGUGGCAAGAGGGCAACAGCAGCCAGCUGGAGCUGGGCAGCCUGCAGGUCGAGCUGAGACGUGUCAUGGGGGUCCUGGGAAAGACAGAGAAGGAGAUGCAGGAGGUACAGGGGAAGCUCAACAACAGCGAGAGCACCGUGGCCCUCCUGCGCUCCUGCACGGCUAUAGACUGCUGCCCUUCAGGCUGGUUGCUGUACAGGGGCAAAUGCCUCUUCAUCUCAUCGGAGAAGAAGACCUGGGAGGACAGCAGAGAUGAGUGCGAGAAGAAAUAUUCUCAGCUUCUGAUCACCAAAUCCUGGAGUCGCUGGACUGUGCCGACCUUUCUGAGGAAUGCAGACAUCCCAUACUGGAUUGGGCUGCAGAAGACCAGCUUGCCCUGGUACGACUAUGGCUGGCUGGAGGAAGGGGACCCAGGUGAAGACGGAGUCUCAGAUGCCUGGUUCUGGGUGGACGGCUCCCUUUACGAAAGGCCGUGGCAGUCGAAGUUGAACGGGUCCUGUGCCAUAAUAAGCCGCGGGAACAUCAAACCUGCCCAGUGUGAGGGUCCCAACGACCUGCACCUCUGGAUCUGCGAGAAGGCGGCGGGGCCGAGCUCCCCCUUCAUUGCAUGA